AAUUACCAUUAUAAAUCAGCAAAUUAUAAAGAUCCAAAGAUAUAACCUUUUCGGUUCAUGCCGUGACACUAAAAAAGACGACAAAACAUGACAAAAUAUUUCAAAGUAGCAUCCACCGACCCAUAAUUUAAAUCAACUUUUCCUUGCUGAAAUAUCUCAAAAGAUGGAACUUACUCACUCACUCGUGCCCUUUACGCCUAAGUGUCACGUGGGACAACAAUCUGCUUCCUCUACAGCUGCCGGUCCUUUGCCAUGACAGUUGACGCCUCACAAGGUCUUCCUCCUCUCCUUAAUUUCUUUCUCUACUGCCCACCGAAUCCUCUUCCUUCAAGCACUAACAUUCUGAACCACACAGGAGAGUUAUCAUGACGCCCGCUGUGACAGAGUUUCAGUUUAGUGCGAGUACUGUAAGUGGAGAAGCGCCAUACCUUAUUCAUCGUGCUGGCGAGUUUCUGGCCUUGUUGAGACAGCUCUGGAUGUCUAGUUGCGAUUGACAAGUAACAAAUACGAUCUGGAUUGCUUCACAAACGAUGGGAGCUGCAAAGAGUCGAAUGGUAUUUAAAAGAAAGCAGCCAUUGAUCAGGAAGAGUGUCCAAAUUGAAGAAGAGGCUGCUGCUCCAAAAAUUGUACUCUUUACAGGGCACUCGCACAGAAUGAAUCUAGCGAUUGCUCUGCCGUUGGCUGAAGAUCCGCUUUCCAGUUUCAAAGUUUUGGUCACAAUACCAUCUCUUACAAGUAGUGAAUAUUUAGAAGAUCCUCGGGUUUUAAAUGUCCUGAAUAAGACACUGUUUGUCCUCCAAAUGAAUUUGGAAUCGAAUGAAUCGAUCAAAGGAGUCCUUGGAGAGAUCAUGGAUACUGAUGGAUUUAUUGAUGCUGUCGUAAUAACAUCAAACGUCCUUCUCAGCGGUCAGUUAGAGACACAUACUACUGACCAAGCCAAGACAAUAUUUGACGUGAAUACAAUUUUUGUGGUCAGCAUUGUAAAGGCCGUUCUUCCAAUGAUGAAGAAGCAGCGAGAUGGUCGACUCAUUAUUGUGAGUAAUCAAGCGGGAGUGCUUGGUAUCCCUUUCCAUGGUAUCUACUGUGCUUCGAAAUUUGCCCUUGAAGGGUUCAUGGAAAGGAUUGCUCCAGAAUGUCUUGCAUUCAAUAUCCGUUGCUCCAUUGUUGAAACAAGUAUGAUUAAAGGUGAAGAGAAGACGGCCCAAACGAUACAAGUUUCUAUCCGGUCUAAAAUGGAAAAUGCUGAUGACCACACCAAAAAGUAUCAAGAUUCAUGUUCAGCGAAAAUGAGGAGACAAAGGUCUGUGAAAAACUUUGAUUUACACAGAGUAACAGAACUUAUACGGGAAAUCAUACUCGAAGAGAGACCUCAUUUCCGGUACCAACUAAACAAGUCGUCAAAAGAUGCAGCUAGGGAAAAGUGGAAUGACCUACACGGAGACACCUACAUUUUCGACUCUGCUGAACAAUUUUUGUGUGUUGAAACGGAACGCCUACAGGAUGCGUUGGAUAAUUUAAACAGUGUUGAGAGCAAGGUAUAAUUAUUGGAACGAAACCACUUGUUCCAAGAAGAAAAGAGAGGGACUCCUUCUUUCAAGUACUAGUUAUUUUUCACAAGCGUGGUUUUUUUCUUCGUUUUUUCGCUUCCAAGUCGUUUUUUCUUCGAUCCUUGUGAAUCGUUUUACUCGACUAUACGCCGUUCUAGAAUAAAUGCCGCAUCCUAUAAAAAGAAGAAAGUGUUGAUGAGAGGGUUGUAAGAGGAAAAAAUUGAAAAAUAGACAACUACGGCACAACUGGUUAUCUCCGCCAUUCUUGAUGCAAUAUUCAACAACGAGGGUGAGAGCAUAGGGGUAUCCAGACACCGCGAAAAAGAUGAUAGUACGAGACCGUACGCCAAGGGCAUCACUGUUUCGAGGUGUCUGGAUACAGCGAUGAAACACUACUUUUUUUUAUAUGUUUUCUAAAACUAUUUAUUCUGCUAUUAGUAAUUAGGAUAUUUUCUUUGAGGGCCCGAAUUUCCCUUGAGAUUAUGUGAGCCAUGCAAACUAAAAAUUUGUCAAUUUAAUUCUUUUUUGGUUGUGCUCAGUCAUAUUUGCUGGUAAAUGUAGCAGACCCCAAAAACUGGAGAAAAUUCAAAGGUUUUAGAAGAGAGUACUCCCAAAUCCACAAUACGUUACAAAACAAAAUGACUGACUUAAAUAUUUUAAGAAUGGCAGAUAAAAAGAAAUCUUUAAUCUUCAGUACUUGAUCCAGGUGGUGCUUUUAAAGAUUAUCCUGAAUUUCCCUUAGGUACAGAUUUGACAAAUAUGGAUGCUAACAAAUGUUUAACUCCGUUCCGGCCGAGUAAAAUUUGUCCAGGGGUUGUUCGCUAAUGAGUGAAAAUAAACUUGUAUUAAGGCUAAUAAAAGUACUAAUAAAAGUUAUUUUA